AUGGAGAAGGAGUCCGGUGGUCCUCAAAAUUGUGGUUUUACGAGAAAGGAUGCAUAUAAUCAUAUAAAUGGCCUUAAGAUGAAGACGAAAGUGGAGAAUGGUGAUGCAACGUGGCUUGUUCAAUAUUUUACGACGAAGGCAAAUAGCGAGCCGUUCUUUUAUUGGGACUUUCAAUUAGAUGAUGAUGGCCACCUUAUGAAUUUCUUUUUCAGAGACUCGCGCAGCUCCUUGGAUUAUGAGUAUUUUGGCGACGUCUUAUCGGUGGAUAGUACGUAUCGGACAAAUAAGUACAAACUUGUUUGUGUUCCAUUUGUUGGUGUCAACCACCACUUGAAGAAUGUUCUGUUUGGCCUAGGAUUUUUAUCAGAUGAAACAACCCGAUCGUAUGAAUGGUUGUUAACUACUUUUUGGACCAGCAUGUCUGCCAAAGAACCGGAGGUUAUUUUUACCGAUCAAUGCCAAUCUCUUAUGAAUGCAAUUGAUUCUGUAUUUCUGACUUCUAGUCAUCGUCUUUGCCAAUGGCAUAUCAACCAAAAUGCGCCAUCUCAUUUUGGCAAAUUGAACGGGAGUGCUACUUUCAAGAGAGCUUGGUUUCACUGUAUGAAUGGAUGUGAUACAGAGACCGAAUUUGAAGAGGCUUGGAAGGCUAUGAUUGAUGAGUAUGGCCUCGGUGAGCAUAGAUGGUUUAAUACCAUGUAUAGAUUGAAGAAAAGAUGGUCGUCUGCUUUUACAAAUCACAGAUUUUGUGCCGGGCUACAUGCAACCUCACGGAGUGAGGUAACAAACAAAGUUCUGAAGACUAUUUGUAGUGCGAGCACAUCCUUGCAUGAUUUUGUGUUUAAGUUUGAUGAAAUUCAAAUUGAAUGGAGGCGUAAAGAAAGUGAAGAGGAUGCACUAUGUAUAGGAAUGCCUGGGCUAUAUGUGGAUCACAAUGAACUAAUGAAGAAUGCAGCUAAAGUAUUGACGAGAAGUGUUUUUCGUAAAUUUGAACAUGAGGCCAAAUAUUCUUUGAAUGUGGAUAUAAUCAAAGGUCCAUCAAAGUAUGAUUCGGAUGACCUUGAAUUCAUUGUGUCCUCAGGUUGUGUUGGUGGGAAGCAGAGGCAUAUUCAAUUCAACAAGGAAAGUUAUCUUUCUACGUGCACUUGUCGCCUAUUUGAAACUGCGGGAUAUUUGUGUUCUCACAUUUUCAAGAUAUAUUAUCUUAUGAAUGUGAAAAACAUUCCUAAACAGUAUUUGUUAAAGAGAUUUUCUCGGGCUGCCAAGGAAAGAAUCUUGACGAAUGUUAGUUCCGGCAUUGGUGUUCCCAAUGAUUCCGACUUACAUGUUUCUAGUUUGGCUUUCGUGAAUCAUCUCAUGCGCAUGACAUAUGAUCUUGGAGAAUAUGCCAAAUUGAACUGUGAUAAACGUGGGCUUAUUAUGACCCGGCUUACGUCCUUGUGCGAGGAGGUUUAUGGUUCGAGGAAUGAUCAUAAUGGGUCGCCAAGGGAUCACCAAGAAGUGCCGAAAGGAGAUGGUUCCAAGGGUGUCCAGAAUGCCUCGGCAAGAGAGUGUCAUGAGUUGCCGAAAAGAGCUGGUUCAAAUGGUGUUGAGAAUGCCUCGGCAAGAGAGCAGGAUGAGUUGCCGAAAAGAGUUGCUUCGAAGGCUGCAGAGACCAACUCGGCAAGUAAACAGCAUGAGUUGCCGAAAGGAGGUGUUGCAUUUCGAAAUCCCAAAGUCGCAAAAACACGUGGCGAAAAGAAUUCAGAAAUUAUUCGUCAUUGGGAUAGAACAAAAAGUUGUAAGAUUCGUGGGUCGAGGAAACGAAAGUUCGAUCAAUCUCAAACUGCCCCGUCUGAUAGUAAUGCUAUACUGUAUGAAACUCCUUCGUUAAUGCAAACUUGGGAUAGUGCUUUUGAGUGGACACAGGCUGAUGCACGGAUAAACCCCACCCCUGAUGAGGUUUAUCAGGCACAAUUGCGUAGAUUCAUGAAUAUUCAUGACAAUGAAGCACGGAUAAACCUUAUCCCGUCUGAUAACUAUCAGGCUUUAAUUUGUUUCUGCAACUUAUUUUCGAAUAUUACAUGCUAA